AUGCUGCUCUUCAAGGGGCUAGCGGCAGCAGCACUGCUUCUUUCUGGAGUCCAAGCCGGCGUCCCGAAUCUACGUCCUCGGUUCGCGAACCGAGACGUCGACGCGAACAAGAACACAACUCCCGAGCCAACAACUACCACGACUCGUUUUCCCCUUCCUUUCGAGAGCAGCACUACCACUAGAGUUGCUACUACUACUACCAAUUCUGAUCCCGCCUCCGGGAUAGUCAUUGUUCCCAUGAUGUACACCUUCGAGAUCAACAGUGGCCAGCUCCAGAAGUGUGCUGCAGCGGGGCCCUCUGUUGGCUGCGCUUUCGAGUCAUGCUUUGUGCCUCGACUUACCGACCAAAAUGGCAACGUCAUCGCUGGUGCGGCUACGAAAGAUGAUAAAGAUUGGGUGUGCGCAGCCUUCCUGGGUCGCCCCGGCCAUGCUAUUUACGGCCUGAAGUACACCGAGGUCUCCUGCAAGAGACCGUUGCCUAUCGGUGGAGGCGUGAACUUCUGCACUGACGGUGAUGGUGGAAUGACCGCUCAUUUCCCUAGCUUUGUGCUUGAUGGAAAGCCAGGCUGGUGUGUCCUCCAAGGAGGCACAGAGGGUUACUCAUCUUGCACGCUCAGCUUUUAA